AUGGAUGUUGCUUCAAUAUGUUCUUUGCCUCCAAUCGAGAGAAUAAUGUCCUCUAGCGCGUCUUUUCCAAAAACAAGUACAGCUUCAAAUACAAAUUCGGUCGAAUCACCUAAAAAUAAGAGCACUUUGCCUUCAAUCUCGUCGCUUUUACAUCCCAUAUCAAAACCUUCUGAAAAAUCAUCUAAGCAACAAGAUAAUCCUACCGCGUUAAGCCAACCUUAUUUACAAUCUAAGCUUAAUUCUGUCGAUAAGAAUUCCGCUAGUAAUUCACCUUCGCUAUUAAAUCUUCGUUCCUUAUCCUUGGAAUCUCCGCAACCUACUCAUUUACACCCUAGCCCUCCCCCUACCACUCCAAGUUUGAGUAGAUCCAAUUCGAACCUUCAUGUCGAGCAAAGUAGAUCGCCAAACAUUCAUUCUUCAUUGAAUGCACUUACCUCGGAACAUAGACCUUCGCCACCAGAGUCAGUCGCUCCAUAUCCAGAUAGUUCGUUUACACCUUCACCAACUUAUCAGCAAUCCCAAUGGCAGCAGAGUCAACAACACUCAUCUUCAACCGAAGGCGAUGCCACACAAAUGUCACCAUCAAAGCAACAACUCGGUAUGCCUUCGAGAGAUGAUUCCAAGCAGAGUUCCACAUUACAAUUGCAACAGCAGAACAUGCAAUAUAAUGCCGCUAUAGCGUCCAAUGGAUUUCCUUCAGAGUAUCAUCACUAUCGUGCUUCCUUUGAAAAGGACGUUUACCAAUCUGUUAAUCGAGGGAAUGAAAAGACAAUGGCCGACUUGAAAAAGAUAAUUGACCAUUGUGCCCUUAUUAGUCAAUUCGCCGCCCAGUAUGGUGAAAUACGUAGUCGCAUUGGCAAUCAUCGACCAGAUGUCUGGCCGAUGCAACCAGCAGCCCCCCUUCCGUCGGAAGCGCACGUUACCGAAAUGAUUAAUAAAGCUUUUGAGGUUCUUUACGUGUUAAAUGCUUUGAAAGAUGAGACGAAUCGUCGUGGCCCGACUGAAAUUGAUCUAAUUAGAAACAAAAGAACGAGUGCGGGUAUUUCUCCGGCACGUCCAAAGUAUCGAAAAAGAACGAAAAGACCAGCCCCCCCAGGAAGGUGUCAUUCAUGUAACAUUCAAGAGACACCUGAAUGGCGACGAGGACCAGAUGGGGCAAGAACGUUAUGUAACGCGUGUGGAUUGCAUUUUGCGAAAUUAACACGUAAGCGUGCGCAAAUUGCAAUUCAAGAGCAACAGCAACGUUUAGCACAACAGAGAACCGUUUUACAUCAUCCUUACUCGUCUCCGUAUUUACAAAUGUCAAGUCAAAGACAUUACCCUGGGUUCCCGCAGCAUACCAUUGCUCAAAGCGGAAGCCAAUUUAUAAAUACUACGACGGCAUCUCUUCCCAGGGGUCCACAGGUCGACUACUCAAAGCACGAUACGAAUUGA